AAGCAUCCACUGACCAGCUGCACCAAAGCAAAGCGCCUAACCGCCCACCUUACACGCGCGCCCCAGCACCUUCCCCCCUGUAAACUCUGAUCAUAAAAGUGCGUCGCCCUCGCUCUCUUCCUCUUCCUCUUCAAAGGAGAACAUCUCUUUAUCUCUCUCUCUCUCUCUCUCUCUCUCUCUCUCUCUCUCUCUCUCUCUUCUUGGAGCCUGGAGAAGACGAAGGAACAGGGAGCAGAGGAACAUUCAAGUUGCUGCGACGGCUGAAAUCUGAAGCAAGCAGAGAAACACCAGCUGGUCAAGAUGUCAGCUGGUUUACAGCUUGGUGUGAUUGGGUCACUUGCCCUUUCCGUUGCAUCUUCAGUUGCCAUUGUUAUCUGCAACAAAGCACUCAUCAGCACACUUGGUUUUCCAUUCGCUACAACAUUAACAAGCUGGCAUCUGAUGGUGACCUUCUGCACCCUCCAUGUGGCACAACGCUUACAUUUCUUUGAGCCCAAGGCAAUUGAUGGACAGACGGUGAUACUCUUUGGGUUGCUGAACGGCACCUCGAUUGGCCUUCUCAACCUUAGUUUAGGAUUCAACUCCAUUGGAUUCUAUCAGAUGACAAAAUUGGCAAUCAUACCCUUCACUGUGCUAUUGGAGACAAUCUUCCUGAAGAAAAGAUUCAGUGAGAGCAUCAAGCUUUCUCUUCUGGUCUUACUUCUUGGAGUAGGCAUCGCUUCAGUUACUGACCUCAAGCUAAAUCUGCUCGGGUCCAUCCUUUCUGGCCUCGCUAUUGCCACCACUUGUGUUGGUCAAAUCCUCACAAAUACAAUACAGAAGAGAUUGAAGGUCUCCUCAACGCAGCUUCUGUACCAAUCCGCGCCGUACCAGGCAGCAAUUUUGUUUGCAACUGGCCCUUUUGUGGAUCAACUCCUUACUAACCGCAGUGUCUUCGCACACAAAUACUCUGCUCCAGUUUUGGCUUUCAUUGUCCUAUCUUGCUUGAUUGCGGUGUCUGUGAACUUCAGUACAUUCCUCGUGAUUGGAACAACAUCCCCGGUGACAUACCAGGUGCUUGGCCACCUUAAGACAUGCUUGGUUCUAUCAUUUGGUUACACUCUAUUACAUGAUCCUUUCACUCUACGGAACAUAUUGGGCAUUCUGGUAGCCAUAUUUGGGAUGGCACUGUACUCCUACUUCUCAGUGAGAGAAAGCAAGAAGAAGUCAACAAAUGAUGCUCUGCCAGUUUCACAGAUGCCAGAUAAGGAGGCUGAACCACUUUUGGCAACGAAAGACAGCAACGACACCAAAAAAGCAAAUGGUUUAUCUCACGACUGCUAAGGCUUUUCUUGUAGUUUAGGUCUAGUAUGAACAACUGCCCUUCGAAUUUAAAGGACCUGGAAAGCCAUUCAUUCCAUUCUUGAUUUCCUUUUUAGGAAAAGGAAGUUUUUUAUAUGUGUAGAGAAUGUAUAUUUUUUUAUAUUACAAUUAUUAUUUGAUUAUAUUUUUCAAUUUUCACGCAGCAGUUCCAGCUGAAGCUUUACUAGUACAGAUCUCAAACUAUACUUUAGCGCAUGUAGUUCUCUAUUUCCCUUAGCCAGCCCACAAAAUCAAGAAAUAAAAUCUUGAGACAUUCCAGA